AUGCUCUCACUGUGUAAAACUGUGCCUGGACGGAAAAACAUUAGUAAAGAAGAUGCAAGCUGUGUCGUCGCUGAGGAAUUAAGGCAAGAUUGGAUCAGAAAAAAUGUCUACCCAGCAGAAGAAAGGUCAGUCAGCCGAACUAUUCUACGUGAUUAUAUAAUGUUCCGAGAUUUUAGAAAGGUGGAAAAUCGAUCUGAUAGAAAGAAGACACUGUCAGGGUUGGAAAAAGCUGGCAAAUUCAACAACCGCAUGAGAAAUCAGGCCUAUGAUAUAACGUCCAAAUCAAAUGAGUACGAUGGGCAGCUGGCUAAGGAAUACGGCGUGCGAAUGACGAUGGAAGACCAGGCAUUCUGGUAUGAUAACUGCUACGGCGACUAUGUAGUGACCUCAACAAGUAUCAUCCCGCGAAACUGGUCGAGGAAUAAAAAGAGGGUGUUAAACCGUGAAGAAGCGAUGAAUAUAAAACUAUCCAAAAUUAACGAAGCGGUUUCUGUUACAUAUUCAGGUGACAAUAGUGAAAUUCUAAUUCCUGAUGAUGAUGUUGAUAACGAUAAUGACGACGACAGUGAUUAUGAACAUUACAUGUCCGCAUCAGAUCUAAACAAAAACUGUGAUGAGUCUCAUGUGACCCAAUCUGUAGAAGAACCAAAUAGCAAAACCAAAAAACAGUUCCCAUCAAUUCAAAUCAGAUCCGGCCAUAAAACAAUUCACGAACCACUGAUGCGCUGUCUCGUCCACUGUAUCUCAAAGUAUAAGGUCACUACUAAUGACCUGAUGGGAAUCACUGUAUCGAUAGCCAACACGAUAUUUGAUCAAAACUGGGAGUUGGCCGGAGCAUCUAGCAACACUGAAGUGCCUGAAGACUUGAACGAUUGUGAAAGUGACUUUAGUGGGGAUGAAAUGGAUGAUCCCAAGAAGAAUCGUACAGCUCGUGAUCUCACCUUUGUAAUGCCUAGUAGAAAAUGCCUAUCAAACUAUGUUCAGGAUGCUUCGUGCCUGAACUUGGAGAUGGUUGCCCGACACCUACUGAACAAAGGCGAUGAUGUCAUCACCGUUGGGCUAGACGAUACAACAAAGGCAGCCGGACACAGAUUAUUCGACAUCAAAACUGACAGUAUCACAAUCACACAAGCCUCUGGCGAGAAAAGGUUGCUCACAACAGGUUACCUUGAAAACGCUUCACAUGCUGGCAAAGCAGGGGCAGAAGCUUACAACUUCAAACUACAGUGCCUCGCUAUAUUAGCUGGCUCAAGUGUUGAUGAAAUAAAAAGCAAUAUUGACUUCUGGAUGACGGACCGGGCAGCUGACUGCUCAAAGAUGUUGACUAUUCUCGGUAUUGAGCCAGCAAAGUUUCUGAAAUGCUGCGCCCAUCUACUUCUUUGUAUUGAUCACAGUAUCGACAAGACUUUCAGAGACACAGAACAGAUAACUGGCUUUGACAAACUGAUUAACGCAUCCAAGAUACUACACUCUACUUCAUACAGUCUCCAUACGCUCGGCUUGAUCGCACUGGCUAAACUGAUGUCACCUAGCCAUGCUUCUCAUUCUGUGUCCUUACACAACCAAUUCAAGGAAUGGCUCGCUGGACGAACAUCCCAACCGGUCCAAGAUGUGAAACAGUUGGAGAAAGACUUCUUGGCGACCGUGAAAAUGGCAAAACGGUUAGCACUACUGAAGAAAGAAGAGCUGAAAAAAAAACGAAACGAAAAAAAUGCUGAAGGUUUUGGAGUCAUGCAAGACACAUGGAGGACCAGUAACACCGACAACGAUAAACCUGCUUGA